GGCUCCGUGGCACCGCCGGGGCGCUUGCUUGCGAUCGGCUUCCGGAGAUCGGGUCCAUGUCAAAAGUCUACAUUUGAUCUGGACGAUGCGCCCUUUACUCAACUCGGCCUCCCUUUCAUCGACAAGUAAUGGGUCCUAAGUGAGGCUAUAACAAAGAAAUUCGGAAUUAUAAUCCAUGUACCCGAGGACGACACCGAGGGUAUUUCUUUCUCUAAGCCAGGAUUAUAAUUAUAGCUAACCGGCUGGCCUGUCUGGUUCUUCAUUGUGUCCUUCUUAACCUGUUUUUCUUCUUCUUUUUCAUAGCAUCUUACGAGAUCUUACGAGACGGAAACGAAGAUAAUCGUGAUGGGGUCAAGAAGCGGACAACAGCAGGAAAAUGACCCGGAUGCAAAGCCGACUGUGUGCUUUCUAGGUCCGGUCUCAUCUUAUACACACCAGGCUACGCUAGACACAUUUCCCACAGACAAAUUUGACUUCCUCCCCGUAGACACGAUCAAAGACAUCUUCGACACAACGCAAUCCGGCCGCGCAGCCUGCGGCGUCGUGCCCUUCGAGAACUCGUCAAACGGCUCCGUGGUGCUUACCCUGGACCAGCUCGCCGACCGCGCCGGCGAGUAUCCCGAUCUAGCCGUGUGCGCCGAGAUCUACCUCGACGUGCACCACUGCCUAGUCGGCCAUUACCACCACUGCAACCACCUGAACCUAACGCACGUCAGACGCGUGUACAGCCACCCCCAGGCCUUCGGACAGUGCACCAAGUUCCUACGCGAGAUCCUGCGGGGCGUCGAGACUGUAGACGUCAGCUCGACCAGCCGCGCCGCCACUCUAGCCAAGGAAGACGCGACCGGCACAAGCGCCGCCAUCUCAAGCGCUACCGCGGCGCAGGUUCUUGGCCUGGAUGUCCUGGCGCGCAGCAUCGAGGACCGCGAGGACAACACGACGCGGUUUUUCGUAGUGCGGCGCAGCGCCGACUCCGCCUCCCCCACGCCUCCUAUCCCGGCGCUAGAAGAAGUCCUCAGCAAGCGGCGGCAACACCAAGACGCAGACGGGGACGGGCCUAGCGACAUCUACUCGCAGAGCAAAUCGCUCGCGUCCUUCACCGUCCCGCACCGAUCCCCCGGCGCCCUCGCCGACGUGCUCGAGUGUUUCCGCCGCGCGCGCCUCAACCUGACCAGCAUCAACAGCCGGCCGAGCCUAGCGCAGCCUUUCCAGUACGUCUUCUUCGUCGAGUUCGAGGGCCACCGGCUGCGGGACCCCGAGGGUCGGGUGCGUGACGCGUUGGCUAGUGCUACGGCUGUGGCGCAGAGUUGUCGGUGGUGGGGGAGCUGGGAUAACAUGCGGUAGCGGUAAGGAGGGCGAGGUUGGAAAAAGAGGGAGGAGGGGGAGACGAUAGGAAAACGGA